AUGUGUGACGUCCCUUUCUUCCCUAUCUUCCCCAUCUGUUUCCAAUGCGGCACUGAUCAGAAUCCGUGUCACUGCAAGGUCGUUGGCCCAACACUUGGUAGUCUGUUGGCCUCUUUCAAUAUUCUGUGGCUGUGGUUUCUCCAAGGCUGGGAAAGAGUGAGUUGUGUUCUGUGUUCUCUGAACUCCUGGCUGAUCAAAACUAGUAUGCUGGGAUAUCCUGUCAAACUGAACGGUCAAAUUAGCAACGCCAUCCCAUUCUGA